ACUGUGGUAUGCGUCCUGCGCUGGGUUAUCACAGGAUCGUAGGUGGAGUGACAGCUCGCCGGGGAGAGUGGCCCUGGAUCGGCAGUCUCCAGUACCAGAGACUCCACGUCUGCGGCGCCACACUCAUUCACAACAAGUGGUUACUGACUGCAGCUCACUGUGUCAAUAGUGACCCUAGUCCCAGCAAGUGGGCUGUGAGCCUCGGGUCUGUGCUAAGAGCCGGGGUGGGGGCUGUGGUCAUCCCCAUACAGAGAGUGAUCAUCCACCCGGCUUUCAACGGCACCAACAUGAACCACGAUGUGGCCCUUCUGGAGCUGUCGGUCCCGGCCCCGAUGUCCUACACCAUCCAGCCAGUGUGUCUCCCCUCACCGGUGCAUCGCUUCCCGAGGACCGCAGAGUGCUUCAUCGCAGGGUGGGGGUCUAUGAAAGAAGGAGGUUCAUUGACAAACCUGCUGCAGAAAGCUGCAGUGAGCGUUAUUGACCAGGUAGCCUGUCAGCAGUCGUAUGGAAGCGUGCUGACUCCCAACAUGAUGUGUGCUGGCUUUAUGGAGGGAGGAAAGGACUCGUGUCUGGGAGAUUCUGGCGGUCCUCUGACGUGUCGGCACCUCUCGGGUCAGUGGUUUGUUGCUGGGGUGACCAGCUGGGGUUAUGGAUGUGGACGAACCGGCUUUCCAGGGGUUUACAUUCGUGUGACGUCAAUUAGAAACUGGAUUUCUACACACCUACCUUUUGAAAAAUAAAAGUCUGGAAAACAAAAGGCUAUUCUGCCCACAGAAAAUAAAAAACUUGUGGAUACGUAAAAAAAAAUCUGUACUUGUACUGUACAUGGACCAAAGUUAUACAGAAAACACACAAACACUCAGUUAACUGUACUGACCUGUGUGGUCAUGGGUGCUCCUGUAAUGCUGUGCAAUGAUCUGAUUUAAGGCCAUCCUCCUUUAAUAAGUACUGAGGAACUAAUCAUGAGCUGUUGGUGAUGGACUUUCUACCAACACAUGCAUGAAUGCAAGUAUUUAUUAGUUAUUUAUUUCUCUUAUGGGUAAAAAUAUUGGUUAUGGUAUUCUCUUUUAUUUUGAUACUUGUGUUUUAAGUCACYCACCAAUCAGCUGCAACAUUUUACCAGUGAUAAUCUCAUUUCAGUGCCAUUUUUCUGCUGGGAUUGCUUCCAUCCUGACAUUAAUAAAGAUAAUAAAGAUUGUUACAGAGCAGAAGUGUCCUUCAGGACAGUGCACCUCAGCAUGCCAUACAAAAUGUCUCAGGUAUGUUUUAAAGGAUAUAAAGGUCACAGAGAACUCCAUUCUUUUAAAUUCUGAUCACACUGCAAAGAAAGUGUACAUAACCAGAUAGGCCACAGCAGCAAAGUGUUUUUUAACGUGAAUAAACAAGGUUUUGUCUUAUUAGUGGGUACAUUUUGUCUUUUUAGAAUCUGUUCUUUAAAAAAAGAUGUAAUAAUUGGAACGAAUUAUGGCUUUUCUUUGGGGAAAUGUGACGUCUCGUUCAGUUAGUUUGAGCUUGAUGAAUGCAGUUUUUGUCCCGUCUGACCAGAUUUAUUGAUUUAAUCAUUAAAGUAUGUUUUGUUUAGUUAUGCGUAUGACAUUCACUGGUUUCUUCCGCUCAAACUUUGCAACACUCCAAAAGCACAGUCGCCAUCCAUCUGACACCUGCUCACGUAGAGUUGGGAAGAGGUGCUGCAGAGUGACGCAGACCCCUGCUGAAACAAGCCCACCUCUGUGGAGGGCAGCAGAUUGAGUAACGCAGAGGAAACAUAUCAGACAAACGUUUUGUUCUCCAGCUGUACUUUGAUAUCGGCUGCUCGGAGGGCUGCAAAUGUCAAGAGUCCCAGCUGUGAAAACAUCAACAUGCUCCUCGCUCCCUUCUGAUGAUUUUUAAGGAAAUCCCCUCCUAAGAAAUUAAAGUGGAACUUUGUCAACA